AGGCUGGGUGUUCUAAGAGUUUGGAAGAGAAAGAGUUGGUUUGGGAUGCUUCUGGUGCAAAAGGUCUAUAUGGGUGCGGAAGGGUCUUGCUCUUCUUUUAGGUCUGAACCAUCUUUGGAAGGUUUAACGGUAUUAAAAACUGGCCUCUCUGAGGAUAGUUUUUCCGGGACCUUUCUAAAGAAUGGGAAGCCUAGGAAAAGACCUUUCAAGAGUAGAAGACGUAAGAAUGUGCAGCCAGUGAUAGGGAUUGGGGGUAAGGAAGUGAUGCAAGAGUUUGACAAAGUUCAAGAGACUCGGGCUGUGAGGAAAGAGAGGUUGGUGUAUAAAAGAAAAGCCACUGAUGAGGCUCAAGUUCCAUCAAAGGUUGCUAAAGGCGACAACAAUGAGAUGGUCCCAAAGGAACUCAAGGAGAUUCGUAAAGAGUUCUUCCCUGAGUUACUUUUUCUGAUGGAAACUAAGAACUGUAGAGAUGUGGUGGUUGAUUUGCAAGAGUGGUUGGGUUAUGAGAGGGUUUAUACUGUGAAUCCUGUUGGGUUAAGUGGAGGUUUGGCUCUUUUUUGGAAGAAAGGAGUAAGUGUAGAUAUUAAAUAUGCUGACAAGAAUCUUAUUGACCUGUUUGUACAGUUUGGUUCUGUGGAGUUUCAUGUUUCUUGUGUAUAUGGUGAUCCUGCUUUCAGCUCAAGGCCGCUUUUGUGGGAAAGAUUGUCGAGGAUUGGAGUGCAGAGUAAAGAAAGUUGGUGCAUGGUAGGAGAUUUUAAUGCCAUCAUUCAUAAUGGAGAGAAGUUAGGGGGUCCUAGAAGAGGGGAUGCUUCUUUUCUUCCUUUCAAAGAGAUGCUGCAUACUUGUGGAAUGACUGAACUUCCAAGUCAAGGGAAUAGUUUCACUUGGGGUGGAAUGAGAAGCAACAUGUGGAUUCAGAGCAAACUUGACAGGUGUUUUGGUAACAAGAGAUGGGCUGCGCAGUUUCCUAUUGCGAAUCAGACUUUUUUGGAGAAGAGGGGUUCUGAUCAUCGUCCUGUUCUGGUACGGUUGACUACUACUAAAGAGGUGUACAGGGAAACUUUAAGUUUGACAAAAGGUUUCUAAACAAACCUGAUGUUAAAGAGGCUGUCCAAAGAGCUUGGAGAAGUGGUAACAGGAAUAGUAGUGAGUUAGUUUCAGACAAGCUGAGGCUAUGCAGAAAAGAGUUAAGCAAGUGGAAAAGGAAGAAUAAGCUGAAUGCUCUUAGUCGGAUUACUCAAGCGCAGGUCAGUCUUGAACAGGAACAGUCUUCUGGAUUCCCUUGUUUGAGACUGGUAGCUGGUUUGAAAAGAAAACUGUGUGAAGCCU